CACGAGCUCGCUCGAGGAGAGCUGAUUGCCGCACCAGGUCGCGUGCCAGUCAGCUGGUGCACAACAUUCAUACUUCUCGCAACUUCAUCUCUAUAUUAUAUGAAGUAAACGCCCUUAGGCAAGUCCAAUAGAGAGAGAAAGGACAAGUGUUUCCACAGGAGCAUUUGAGAAAGGGGAAACAAUUACUUGGGAAAGCAUUAGAAACAGAGAAUUAGCACUUUUGAUCCAUUAUUCUGAAAGAUGGCUCCCCAGUCCGAUCGGUGUCCUUACAAAGAGCAGGGCAGCGACAAGUACUUCCAGUGCCCAGCUGCAACCUCCACACUCAGCCGGGGCGAUCUGUCCAUCCCUUCGGAGGAGGAGAUGGAUGAGGAGAGUCUCCUGGAGCUUUCGUCCGCCAGGAGUGAGUGCAAGCGACGCCCCAGGGGCCGGGGCAAACCCAGGAGCCCGAAGGUGGUGCAGAAGAUCAAGAAAAGCCGGCGCAUCAAGGCCAAUAACCGGGAGAGGAACAGGAUGCACAACCUGAAUGGCGCCCUGGACGCCCUGCGGGAGGUGCUGCCUGCCUUCCCAGAGGAUGCCAAGCUGACCAAAAUCGAGACUCUCCGCUUCGCCCACAAUUACAUCUGGGCACUCACCGAGGCUCUGCGACUGGCCGAUCCUCUCGGUGGCCCCGGAGACUCCUGCUACGAUGGAGCCGAACAGCAAUACUUAGACUCGGGGCUGAGCAGCCCCAGCCCCGGCGCUUCAGGCAGCUCCUGGAACAGCUUCAGCUCCCCUUCCUCAUCCUCCUACACCUGCACUUUAUCCCCGGGCAGCCCUGCACCAUCGGAAGAAAUGUACUUCGGGCAAACCGAGAGCAUCUACGCACCACCUAAACAGCAGUCUGACUUUUUGCAAAACUCUUCUCCUUUCCAAGAAUUUAUUUGAACCCUUCGCUGCAGCUCAAUAUCGCGUCUCUUUUGUAAACGAUUAUGAAUUCUCUUUAUAUUGAAACUAUCUGGGGAAAAAGUUGGACCUAUACUGUUUACAUUUCUUACUAGAUAUAUAGGAUUGAGAUUUGUAAUGUAUUUUUCAAACAAAUGUAUUUUUCAGACUGAUUCACACGAACUGUUAAUGUUCAAUGUUGUAGACUUGGCAUCUGCCUGCCUUCCCAGAGAGAAGCUCUGUUGAAGGCUGUGGGAAUUUGAACUGUCAAACCAAACUUUGCUCAGUGCACUUUGCCCAUUUUCCCAGGUUCUCCACAAUGCCUUUUGUUCUCUGAUUUCUUCUCCCUUCCUCCCCCUUUAGUCUCCUUUUAUCGUUUCAAGAAUAAGGCCGAUUUUACCAGCUGUCUAAUAUGAUUUACGGAAAAAGAUGUUGUGGUACGGAGCGAGGUUAGAAGUCAUUGCAUAAUUUGUAGACUUUUUAAAUGAAUGAAAACGACCGUGUAAAUUUAGGUUGAGUGCUUUAUCAAAGACAGAGAGAGUGAGAGAGAAGGAAAACACAAGGAGGAAGGCUUCAUGCAUUAUUUAUCUCGACCUCCGGGGAUGAAGAAUUGCCUUUUUUUCCACGACCGAAAAAAAUCAGCAGAAUAAAACGAACCGACACGGAGCAUUAACGCGAUCAUCUACACAUGUGUUCACUUUUAUUUAUUAUAAAAGGAAGAUUUCAUGCACAAAAUGUAUAUUUUGUAUAUUUCAGAAGUUUAUUGUUGCUAUGUAUUCGCCUGCAAAUCAAAUGGAAAGCGUUUUCAAUUCGUCUUUUCAAUAAUAAAAAAAGUUUAACUUUCAUAUAAAUAAGCUGGCAAGUGCGUGGUUCAUUGAUCAGUGUGAAAAAGAGCAGCUGUACAUUCAAGUGACACAAGCUAGUUGCUAUUAGGUUAUAAAACAUCAGAACAUACAUUUCAUUUACCGAACCUAUUCACCAAAAUAUGAGACGUGGAAAACGGCAGCAUGACAAUGACAACAAACAGAAUACAAUAUAAAACUACAGCCUCUUGUCAUCUGUUCUUUUGUUAACAGAUCACGCCAAAGUGGGGGAUAUGUUGGACUAAAAGUAAAAACCACUGUUGCUAAAUGCUUUAAAAAUUACGUGAAAGAAAAUCAUGUGGAUUCGUCUUUAAAGUUACCGAGAGGAGCUAUGAAAAAGUUCGUUUAAUGCAUGAACUGCGCACGGGCUCUCACACAAUUGAAAUUUCAACUCCGAAGCACGAUACCAACUUCUUGCAAAUUACCUGCGGAAUCUUUUUGAAUGCAUACGACGUUUGUAAAAUCGAAUCUCGCAUGUUCACACUUUAAAAACUUUGAUUUGAUACAAGAAAGCUAGCAGUCACCACACAUAAACAAGAGCAAGCUCAACAAUAAUGCAAUACAAAUUUUAAAGGGGAUUGUUUGUUGGCACG